AACCGCUCUUUACCUCUAUCCCCUCUUUCUUACAGCACCUAUUAAACCGUUCUGUUCUUUUAUUAACUCUAAUUAAAUAAAUGUUUACUUGAGGUAAAACAAACUAGUUCCUUCUCAUUCACCCUCUUUUCGACAUUAUGCAAAGAAACAUGGACAACCAACACACUUAUUGCACUACUUCUACAAAUUAUCUUCAACCCCUUGUUCUACAAAGUCAAGUAUUUGGUGUUUAUCAUGAAGAAGAAAAGGCAGAAACAUCAAGAAGAUUCACCAUGUUUGACACAAAUGUCAGGUACGAACCUCAUCAAAAUCCUAGAAAGAAAAGAAGCAAAUUGUUAAGAAUUAAUGAUCAUAGUACUCCUAGUACUUCUGGUGUUAGUAGUGAAAAUGUUAUUACUACUAAGCCUAAAUGUGCCAAGAAACCACCAGACCCUAAUGCACCAAAAAUAACUAGGCCUUGUACUGAAUGUGGCAAGAAAUUUUGGUCAUGGAAAGCACUUUUUGGUCAUAUGCGUUGUCACCCUGAACGUCAAUGGCGUGGUAUUAAUCCUCCUCCCAAUUUAAAACGACAAAUUCGUUCUUCAUUUUCCCAACAAUUAACAGAUGAAGAUCAUGAAAUUGCACAGUGCUUAUUACUCUUGGCUAAUGGACCUAAUAGUCUUGAAAAUGUUGAUCACUUUGUUAUGGAUGAAGGGGUUGGAGAAAAGGGUGUAAUUGAAUCAGGGACACUUUCUUCAGGGCUGAAUCAUAAUUGUUGUAAAUUUGAGUGUUCAACUUGCAAGAAAGUAUUUGGUUCUCAUCAGGCAUUAGGUGGACAUAGGGCUACUCAUAAGAAUGUCAGGGGUUGUUUUGCAAAUACAAGAAACUAUGGGGAAUGUAGCCAGCAAGUAGAAGUUUUAGAAGAUGGCAGCAAUAUGGGAAUGAUGUGCACUGAUAGUGAAGAUAUAAUUAGCAAUGAUAACAAGAGGUUGAUGGUGCAUAAGUGUAGUAUAUGUUUGAGAGUUUUCUCAAGUGGUCAAGCUUUGGGAGGACACAAAAGGUGUCAUUGGGAAAAAGUCGGGGACGAAACAAUAACAACAACAACAAUAGCAGAGUCAGACUUAACACGAGCUGUCGAUGUCAAUGUCAAUCGAAAUGUGCAGGGAAAUAAUAUUGAUAAUAAUUUGGAUCUCAAUUUUCCUCCUGUUACAAUCUCAGGUGAUGAUUCUUCAGCUUCUUAUUCAUCUAUUUCAGGCUUGGAAUUGGACUUGAGAUUAGGGCUUUAAUGUAGUAGUAGGAAUUUGUAAUAAUGAAAAAUGUAGAAAGGUUAUUGCGUUGUGCAUAUACUGAUAUUAGUGUUUCAUAUAUUGCCUAGGGAUAUAGGCUAAAGUUUCAAUGAUAUUUGUGCUGUAUCAUAUAUAGGAAUAGGAGUUUGACUAACUUUUUUGAAGGUUUUAUUAAUCCUUCUAUAUGUCUCCAACUAUUAGGAGUCAGAAUUUCAGUUGUGAUUUGUGCUCCUUAAUGUCACAACUC